AUGCAUGUGCAUAUAAAUGGUAUUAAAUCUGCUGUUAUAGUUGUGGACAAAUAUCAGUUCAUGUCGAAACCUGUUACAAAAGAAAAGGCAAAACAUCGAACACUCAUUAGUGAACUUAGUUCUAAAGUAUUACAGGGAUCAUCGACAAAUAAUAACAAUAGUAAUGGGAAUAACAACAGCAAAGAUACAUUACGAAAACGGCCGAAUGAGCGUGCUGCGAAUUCAAACAAUACACAUAUGAACGUUCAAGCACUACAGCAGCCCGUUUUGUUUACGGUUAAAGUGGAUUACGCUUAUAAUCCAGUACAUCCAGAUGAAUUAGCAAUUAAACCAAAUGAUGUUGUGAAUGUUAUACGUAUACCUGUUACAAAAGAAAAGGCAAAACAUCGAACACUCAUUAGUGAACUUAGUUCUAAAGUAUUACAGGGAUCAUCGACAAAUAAUAACAAUAGUAAUGGGAAUAACAACAGCAAAGAUACAUUACGAAAACGGCCGAAUGAGCGUGCUGCGAAUUCAAACAAUACACAUAUGAACGUUCAAGCACUACAGCAGCCCGUUUUGUUUACGGUUAAAGUGGAUUACGCUUAUAAUCCAGUACAUCCAGAUGAAUUAGCAAUUAAACCAAAUGAUGUUGUGAAUGUUAUACGUAUAGUCGAGGAUGGAUGGAACGAAGGUGAAUUGAACGGCAAAACAGGUUUAUUUCCAACAAAUUACGUUACUCGCAUUAAUAACGACUCCACAAAUUCAAAAGCAAAAAAAGAUCCUGUAAAACGGAAAACUAAUGGAGUAAGCACUUUAGUUAGCAGAGAGAUACCGAAGCCAUCAUAUAUUCCAGUUACGCCAUCAUCAUUUUCAGCACAAAUACCCUUCACACCAAGUCCACCGUUGACAAUGAAAAAGAAUCCAUUGGCAAGCAUACAAUAUUCAGCAGUUAGAGCGCGUGUAUUGUAUGCAUACAAUCAGUCAGCCCCCGAUGAGCUAACAUUGAACGUUGGCGAUAUAAUUAAUGUAUUAGAAAAAAAUUUAGAAGAUGAAGGAUGGUGGAAGGGAGAGAUAAAUGGCAAAGUGGGUGUUUUUCCUGAUAAUUAUGUUGAAGAAAUUAUACGAAAAGAUCGUCCGAAUACUCCUGAGACACAGAAAUACGAAUCACAAACAUUGCCAAAAACAAAAAUGGGAAAUGGAGGUAUUUAUGCAACGUUGAGAAACUCAACUGAUACAAAAAAUCAGAGUAAUGAAAAAAAGACACCAGCAACUAGUGACGAUGAAGAUCAUUUGAAUUCUCGUAAUCAUUAUGCUGAAAUUAAUAAUUUGGAUGCUAUAGCAAAUACGGAAAAGCUCAGCAAUUUUUCAAAACCACAACCAUUAUCAUCGAAAAGACCACCAUCAUCGUCACGUCUUAACAGUAGAUAUAAAGAACGACCGUUACAUUCUCCAUCACCACCACAAACACAACGAGAUCCAUCUCAAUUAGAAUCUCCUCGUUCUCGCGUUGAUUUUAAUCGAACAUUGAAUAAUCAUCAAACUGAAUCGUUAAAUCAUUCCUUAAGCAACAACAAUCGUGAAAAUAACAUUAAUCUCCAUAGUAACAAUUCAUUUGCUUCACAGCCAGGAUUAAUGAACACCUCGAAAAAUUCGUCUUACGUCAACACAACAUCUUCGUUACAGCACGGUCAACAGCAACAACAGUCUCCAGAUCAAUCGCUAAUAGAACAAUUACAAAAGGAUCUGGAACAUAUGAAAAUGGCAAUGGAACUUAUGAGAGGAAAAUUUCAUAACAAACUUUCGACAUUAGUUAAUGAAUUAGAUGAUGAGAAAAAAGUCAGGUCAAAAUUACAAAUUGAAUUAGAACGAGUUCAAAAAACUAUCACUACAUCGGGGCUUUUUGAUAAGGUUUUUUGA